GAGAGAGGAGAAUUUGAAAGUUUUGAAUUACACCCCAAAAAUCCUCAUCCCUCGAAGUUCACAGUAAAAGAGAGGAGAAGAAGAAAGAAAAAAAGUUGGAAUACAUAACUUUUACUUAUAAUCAUUACUGUUUUAUUUGGGGUGUGGGUUUAAUUUGUCUGAGCUUUCUAGAGAAAGGUGAAGAUAGAUUGGAUUAGACUACAUAGAUAUCAUGAUGAGUAACAAUAGCAACAACUGGUUGGGUUUUUCUCUGACUCCACACCUUAGAAUCGAUGAGGGUUUUGGUAGUGGAGAAGAUCAUGAACAAGCUCAAGCUGCUGCCGGUGCAGCAAGACCAGGAGGUGGCUUCUCUCAUCACAAUAUGCCUGUCAUGCCUUUGCGCUCUGAUGGCUCUCUCUGUGUUGUUGAUCCCUUCGGAAGACCCUCUGCUUCUUCUCCACCUGCAGAUUGGAGGUAUGAGAACAAGAAUAUUGUGACUUCAAAUAGUAGUGGAAGCGAGGAGGGUCCAAAGCUUGAGGAUUUCUUGGGUUGUUGUUACUCUAACUCUCCAACCCAUGAAACCAAAGUGUAUUCUCAAAUCCAAGAACAAGACCAGUCUCAUGAUCCCAACAACAUUGUUUCUACUAGAUUAAUCAAUGUCAUUGUACCACCAAGCUUCAAUGCUGAUGGAGAUCAUGUAGAAGCAUCAUCAUCAAGGGAUCAUUUCAAUCACCUAUUCCAACCUAAUUACCAGUUCAAUGACAACACAAACCCAAACCCGAAUGGGAUUUACCACCAUUUGCCUUUCGAGUCGAUUUCAGGGCUCAAGUCUUGGUUAAGGCAACCUCCACCACCACCAAGUUGUAGUAGUGAUCAUGAGAGAUGUUUGAAUGAUCAUCAAGAAACAAGUAUUAAUUGUAAAUCUCAGUCACUGUGUCUUACCAUGAGUCCUAGUAUUACACAGAAUGGUGGAGUGGGUGAAAUUUCACAAAUGCAACAAGUGAUGGUUGAUAAUCGUAAGAGAUUGCAGGUGGGUAAGUCUCCGGCUAGAGAAGCCGUUCCUCGAAAAUCUAUCGACACAUUUGGACAGAGAACCUCUCAAUAUAGAGGUGUUACAAGGCAUAGAUGGACUGGGAGAUAUGAGGCACAUUUGUGGGACAACAGUUGUAGAAAAGAAGGACAAACACGGAAAGGAAGGCAAGUUUAUCUUGGUGGUUAUGACAAGGAAGAAAAAGCAGCAAGGGCUUAUGACUUGGCUGCCUUGAAGUAUUGGGGUCCAACAACUCAUAUAAAUUUCCCUCUGACUACUUACGAGGAAGAACUGGAAGAAAUGAAGAACAUGACCAGGCAAGAGUUUGUAGCCAACUUGAGAAGGAAAAGUAGUGGGUUUUCAAGAGGAGCUUCUAUGUACAGAGGAGUUACAAGGCACCAUCAGCAUGGGAGAUGGCAAGCUAGAAUUGGAAGGGUUGCAGGGAACAAGGACCUCUAUCUUGGCACAUUUAGUACACAAGAGGAAGCUGCAGAAGCGUAUGACAUUGCAGCGAUUAAGUUCAGGGGAACAAGUGCUGUUACCAAUUUUGAUAUUAGCCGUUAUGAUGUUAAGAGAAUUUGCUCCAGCUCAACUCUCAUUGCUGGUGAUCUUGCCAAACGUUCUCCCCAAGACUCUGCCCCGCUCGUCGCAGAGGACUAUAAUUCCUGUGCCUCAUCAGCAUCCUCUCAACGACUCCUAGCAAUAACCAGCAGUGAAGCCUCUGAUGGAGUAGUGGCUGAUCGUAUGGUGUGGAAUGCAAGUACAGAUGAACAGAACCAGCAGCACCAAAAUGCCAGCACCAGCAACGAGGCGUUAUUGCUAGCUGCUUCGUAUAGCAAAAACUACUCCAACCCGUAAAGCCCAAAAUGUCCUGUCGUAUUAGCUAAUGAGUUGGGAACUGGUGGUGGAGACUACUCGCAACCGUAUUUCUCGUUGCAGGGACCAAAGUAUGAAGAUACAAAGGGUGGGAGCGAUGAUGGAAGUAUUAGUCGAGGUAGGAAUUUGAAUUUAGCACAUCAUUCCACAGUCGUUGCAUUGUGGAAUCAGUAGUAACCAUGUUUUGAUUCGAUUGUGCCGUGUUAGGUAAGUUAUUUGGUGUCAAGAGCUAGCUAUAUUUGUCGAAUUCUAGUCAAAAGAAGCUGUAGUGACUGAAGAAUUCUAACGUUUAAUACGCCAUUUUAGUUUUGUUGAU